AACCCAAUAAUACCCAAUACAUAACAUUUUCGGUGGAAUCUUCUUUUCUCCACACACACCAAAGAAAAAAAAAACAUCCAAAGGUUUGCAAAUAAGGAAAAAGAUGGGGUUAAAUUUCAGGGAAAAGGCAUGGAUACUUCUGGGGAUUCUUUGUUGUUCAUCUUUGAUUUGUUCAGUUAAAGCAAUUGUCACUUACGAUCGUAAAGCUGUGAUCAUCAAUGGUCAGAGAAGGAUCCUUCUCUCUGGCUCCAUUCACUACCCAAGAAGCACACCUGAGAUGUGGCCUGACCUUAUACAAAAAGCCAAAGAUGGAGGGUUGGAUGUUAUACAGACUUAUGUUUUCUGGAAUGGGCAUGAACCUUCUCCUGGACAAUAUUAUUUUGAGGACAGAUAUGAUCUAGUUAAGUUCAUCAAGGUGGUACAACAAGCUGGUCUUUACGUUCAUCUCAGGAUUGGUCCCUAUGUUUGCGCUGAAUGGAACUUUGGAGGGUUUCCUGUGUGGCUCAAAUAUGUUCCCGGUAUGGUAUUUAGGACCGACAAUGAACCUUUCAAGGCUGCAAUGCAAAAAUUCACUGAGAAGAUUGUGAGGAUGAUGAAAGAAGAAAAAUUAUUUGAGACUCAAGGAGGACCCAUCAUUCUGUCACAGAUAGAGAAUGAGUAUGGACCAAUAGAGUGGGAGAUAGGAGCACCAGGGAAGGCAUACACAAAAUGGGUAGCUGAAAUGGCACAAGGACUCUCCACUGGUGUCCCAUGGAUUAUGUGCAAGCAAGAUGAUGCUCCUAACUCUAUUAUAAACACAUGUAAUGGGUUUUAUUGUGAGAAUUUCAAACCAAACUCGGACAAUAAGCCGAAAAUGUGGACAGAGAACUGGACUGGUUGGUUUACAGAGUUUGGAGGUGCAGUACCAUACAGGCCAGCCGAAGACAUUGCCUUAUCCGUGGCUCGCUUCAUACAGAACGGUGGCUCUUUCAUCAACUAUUAUAUGUACCAUGGAGGAACCAACUUCGACAGAACAGCCGGUGAAUUCAUCGCCACCAGCUAUGACUAUGAUGCUCCUCUUGAUGAAUACGGGUUACCGAGAGAACCUAAGUAUAGUCACUUGAAAAGGCUGCAUAAGGUCAUCAAGCUCUGCGAACCGGCAUUGGUCUCUGCUGAUCCUACAGUCACAUCACUCGGGGAUAAACAAGAAGCUCACGUGUUCAAGUCUAAGUCAUCUUGCGCUGCUUUUCUCUCAAACUACAACACAAGUUCUGCUGCAAGAGUCUUGUUUGGCGGAUCUACAUAUGAUCUGCCUCCUUGGUCUGUCAGUAUUCUACCCGACUGCAAAACUGAGUAUUACAACACUGCCAAGGUACAGGUCCGUACAUCAAGCAUACACAUGAAGAUGGUUCCUACAAACACACCAUUCUCUUGGGGUUCAUACAACGAAGAGAUUCCUUCUGCAAAUGACAAUGGUACCUUUUCACAAGAUGGGCUUGUGGAACAGAUAAGUAUCACCAGAGACAAGACAGACUAUUUCUGGUAUCUGACAGAUAUUACAAUCAGUCCUGAUGAAAAGUUCCUAACUGGUGAAGACCCUCUUCUUACUAUUGGGUCAGCUGGGCAUGCUCUUCAUGUAUUCGUUAAUGGCCAGCUUGCAGGUAACAUUAAGAUAGGCCAAACUCAUCCUCAUGGUAGCUUGCCUUUGUCUUCUGUUAAACAUUUCUUUGUUUCAGGAACUGCAUAUGGAUCACUGGAGAAGCCAAAGCUAACAUUUAGUCAGAAGAUCAAAUUACAUGCAGGGGUCAACAAACUUGCUCUAUUGAGUACUGCAGCGGGUCUGCCGGUUAGUUCUCCUCAGUUUAUCUCUGCGCUUUUUUCUCAUACACUGAUUACGUUCUAAGCUUCCUGGUCCUUCAUUGCUCACAGAACGUUGGCGUGCAUUAUGAGACUUGGAAUACUGGAGUUCUUGGCCCAGUGACACUGAAUGGAGUUAACUCCGGAACAUGGGACAUGACUAAAUGGAAAUGGUCUUACAAGAUUGGUACUAAGGGUGAAGCUCUGAGCGUUCAUACCUUAGCCGGGAGUUCAACGGUAGAAUGGAAAGAAGGAUCAUUAGUGGCUAAAAAGCAGCCCUUGACCUGGUACAAGGUAAGAGAAACAGAGGAAUCAAUGAAUCAUGACCACCAACAAAGUUAGAUCAAUAUAAUGAAAACCGAAAUCCACAGGGCAGAAUUUUCACCAUCUCUUUUUGCAGUCUACUUUUGACUCACCAACAGGCAAUGAACCAUUGGCUUUAGACAUGAACACAAUGGGGAAAGGUCAAAUGUGGAUAAAUGGGCAGAACAUCGGACGCCACUGGCCAGCAUAUACAGCUCGUGGGAAAUGCGAACGCUGCAGCUAUGCCGGGACUUUCACAGAGAAGAAAUGUUUGAGUAACUGUGGAGAAGCUUCACAAAGAUGGUGAGUAAAACUGCCUAAAUUCUUCUUCUUCUUGAGUCCAAAUUUGAAUCAAAGGUUUGAACUUUAUCUUCGUUUUCAGGUACCAUGUGCCUCGUUCAUGGCUGAAGCCAACUAAUAACCUUGUCAUUGUACUUGAAGAAUGGGGUGGUGAACCCAAUGGGAUCUCUCUUGUAAAAAGAACAGCCAAAUAAUAGCUUUCUGACUCCAUUUUUUUCAGGAUAAAAUCUGUUUCUUUGUGACAAAUUUAAGGCUCUCUGCAAGUCAUUGAUAGAAUACAGAUAUAAAUGUACAUAUAAACUGGGAAUUAUUGGCUCAUAUAGAUGAAAAUUAUCUCUAUCUUGCCUAUAAAUAUACUACAAGUCUACAAGUGUAUAAUGUAUUUUACAGACUAAUAAAAAAACAAAGCUUUUGAAUUCC